UAAAGCACUCCCUCAACUGUUAGCCUCCACUUUUCUCCCUAUAUAAACAACUUCCUUGCCUCCUCAUCCAAUAUCCAAAACCAAUAACUGUUUGCUACAAUAAUAUGGCUUCUAAGAUUGUCUUUCUGGUGUUUCUUGGUGCUUUUCUCUUCAGCACUUCCGGAGCUCGCAAGUUGAGUACUGCCUCUUUUAAAGAUGAGAAGUUCUUCCACCGUCCCAGAUUUGGAGGUGGUGGACUGGGUGGAGGAGGUGGUGGAGGGUUCGGUGGAGGUGGAGGCGGAGGAUUAGGUGGUGGUUCGGGAGGUGGUUUUGGUGGAGGAUCUGGAUUUGGUGGCGGUGUUGGUGGUGGAGCUGGUGGUGGAGGAGGGUUUGGUGGCGGAGGUGGUGGUGGAAUAGGCGGAGGGAGUGGUUUUGGAGGUGGAGCAGGUUUCGGAGGAGGCUCCGGUGGAGGAGGAGGACUUGGUGGUGGUGCUGGCGGUGGAGGAGGGUUUGGUGGCGGAGGUGGAGGUGGACUUGGGGGCGGAGCAGGCGGAGGGUUUGGUGGUGGUGCCGGUGCAGGAGGUGGAUACCCUUGAAGGAUAUGAAAUGUUUUUACCAUCAAAGGAAAAAGUGUCUUUGAGAAGACCCUAUCCAUAUAGUUUUUGGUAUUAUAGUUUUUGCAUGUGCAAUAAUGUGGUUUGGUGUGUGUUGUUUUUUAUUCUAAAAUUAGAAGGCUUCAUAUGUGGAAGAACUCUGUCUUUGGCUCACAAUUUCUUAUAUUUCUAAUUGUAAUUUCCAAUAAAUGAAAAGAAAAUAAGAUUGUAUUUUUUAAGGAAAAAAAAAAGUCUCUCAAUCUCCAUUCUCAUACAUGAGUUCAUUUAUGGAGAGAGAGAGAGCAAAACGUGAGAUAUGUACUCUUUCCAUUGUUAA